AUGCUCACGGUAAGUGCCGCCGAGCGGCUGGCCUCGCCCGGGGCCGCCCAGGUGACCAUGGCUUGCCGCGCGCGCCAGGUCAUGAGCAACAAGAAGCGCCUCUGGGCCUUCAGCGGCCAGCACUUGGCGAAUAUCGCCUGGGCCAUCGCGAAGCUUCUCGCGGGCGGUUCUGCGGCUCGGCUGCUCAAAGAAGCGGGCGCUACUUCAGCAGAGGAUUUUCUGAAGCCCAUCUGUGCAGCACUGGCAGCUCGUGUCGGAGAUCUGAAUGCCCAGGAACUCUCCAUGGCGGCCUGGGCGCUGGCCACUGCCGGGCACGACAACCCGCUGGCUGCCCAAGUGGUGGAGUCUCUGGCCAAGGCGUCCCGGAGUCAACCUGGUGGAGCCAACGCGCUCAGCGCCCAACAGCUGGCGACGUUGGCUUGGGCUUGUGCCCGACUGGGCUGCCGCUGUGAGGCGGUGCUGAUGGACAUCGCCAAAGCAGCUACGCCACGCGUGGCGCGAGGAGACUUCAACGCCCAGGACCUCGCCAACAUGGCUUGGGCCUUCGGUCGUCUGGAGCUCUCAGCCGAAGGGCUGAGGAAGGCUUUGGCGAAAGCUACUCUCAGGCUCUUGGCGCCUUCCAGUCGCCGGGGUGGAGGCCAUGGCUUUAGUGCCCCGCAGCUUGCAGUCAUGGCCUGGUCUCUUGCACGAAUGGGUCUCCGGGAGAAUGAGACGGCAGCCCUCAAGGCCAUUGCCGAGGAGGCGACACAGCGCGUGUCGGAUCUCUCGCCGCGGGAUGUGACUGACAUCGUCUGGGCCCUGGCGCAUGCCCAGACCCCCGCCACCGAUUUUCUGGCCGUGGCCGCAGACUACGCCAAGGCGCGCCAGUCCGCCUUCGGAACCCAGGACCUGUUGCGUUUCCUGGGGGCCUUUCGUCGGGCAGGUGGAGAUGCGGAGGCCUAUGCCGAGAUGGCAUCGAGGCAGCAGGAGCUCCACUAUGACUUCCCGGUGCUAUCGGGCCUCCAGGUGGCCCUCCAUGCAGAAACCCCGGGGCAGCCUGGGCGCUCGCGCCGCCGUGUGCGUGCAGCCGCACUCAGGGAACAGUCGGAGCUGCAGGGCGAUCCGCAGCGCGCCGACGGAGGCACCACAGGAGUUGCGCUGUGGGAAGCCUCUUUUGUACUGGCCGAGUGGCUAUCCAGGCGAGGCGAUGAGGCUGGCGGCCUAUCAGCAUGUUCUGCCUUUCAGGAGCUCUUCAAGGGCGCCCGCAAAGCGCAGCGGGCAAGGUGGCGCAGCUGGCGUGGCAAGGCGGGUGUGGAGCUCGGCGCGGGGUUGGGUUUGCCUUCCAUCGUCGCCUCCCAUCUCGGCGCGGACAUCGUGGCGACGGAUGGCGAUGCAUCGGUCUUGAAACUGCUCCGCCGCAAUGUGGAGCGAAAUCGAGGGCCAGGCGGUCUGCGGGCGGAGCCUCUGCUCUGGGGCGCCGAGGAUCCUCUGGCCAAAGUCGGCCUCGCUGAGCGCCCGGACUUUUUGCUGGCCGCUGAUGUGAUCUACGCAUCGGCCAAAGAGGCCCUGAGCCGCCAGCUCCUGGACACCCUGCUGAGGCUUGCGCGGCCGCAGUCGGUGGUCAUCAUCAGCAACAUGAGGCGAUUUCACGAGGGCCAGGCCAAGGGGGAGGGCCGCUUCUUCGCCCUGGCCGACCGCUGCUUCGCGCGCGUGGCGCUCGCGCCCAGCGAGUUGCAUCCAGAUUUCAGGCGAGCAGGCGUUGGAAGCUGCGAGAUUCACUUGCUUCGCCUACGUGGCGAUGCCAUCCCAGAAGCGCCGGUGGCGGUAGCGCCCAAACGGUCCCGCCUCGGCAGCAAGGGGACGAAGAAGGUGAAGAGGCCGAAGCGGGGGAAUGCUACCGCAUCGGCUCAUGAGGCAGAGGAGUCUGGCGCCCAGCCCACAAGCAGUGCCGGUGCCGCCGCUUCCCUGGUUGGCCACCGCCGGAAAAGAGUCAAGCCCCGCGCGCACCUGCCGGGCAGGAGCCAGCCACAGCGGCCACAGCGCAAGCGCCGCCGUGCUGCAUCCCUCAUCAAGGCUGCCCAAGAAGGGGUCGCAGCCGUCCGCACGGGUGCCGGCGAGAUGAGGGAAGGCGUGGAGGCAGAUCUGAAGGCCUGGCUCGGCAGCGAGUUCAAGUCGCUGGAUGGCAAAUGCUCGGGCUACGAGCGGCGAAUCCACGACGCGACGCUCAAGCAUCGCAGAGCUGAAGGCGAGGCGCGGCUGAAGGAGGCGCAAGAGGUGGCCAACUGUCAGAAGAGCACCGUGGCCGUGCUGAAGCAUCACCAGCAGGUGAAGGAGCUGACCACAGAGGACUUGGUGAAGGCGAUUGCAGGUGAUGCAGAGACCGUAUCGAAGGAGAAUUUCCUCGCCUUCUUCGACAGCUGUGAGAAGCAUGAGGAUGCUCCAGUUCCGGACAAGGAGGAAUUGAGCAGGUUCUUCGACCAGCUGGAUGACGAGAAGGAGGGCUUUCUGACCCAGGAGCAUAUGCUGACCGUCGUCCGAACGCUGAAGAAGGUGACCAAGGAGACCAUGAUCACCAAGGAAGCUGAUGUGUCGGAGGACACCCAAGCCCUGGUGAAACUGGAGGCGGGCGACAUCGUGGAGCUCCUUUCGGAGCCGAGCGAGCAGGGUACCCUGCUACGGGCAAGGUGCCGCUCCAUGAAGGAUGGUACCCGUGGCUGGGUCACCAUCAAAGGUAACCAGGGCGCCAUCUUCCUGACGGACGGCGGCAACACCUGGAGGGUGCAAAGGGAAACCAUCCUGACCAAGGGCUUCGACAUCAGUACCAUGGCCGAGGAGGACCGGAAACUCAAGCCUAACGAGCUGGUUGGCCUGCGAGAAUGGAUGCAGAAGGACGAGAAGUCUGGCCUCAUGCGGAUGAAGUGCAAGACGAAAAACGACGGCACGGUUGGAUGGGUUACGGCCGUUGGGAACACCGGGACGGUGUUCCUGACGGCGCACUGA